CGCCGCUAUGAAAAUCUUUGAAAACUUCCCGAUGAGCGGCGAAAGUCGAAACCUGAGCGACACCCUCAAGACUUCUAUUGCUUGGUACAAUGCGGCUAAUCCUUGACUUAAAGGGCUGCCGAACCUCCAGGUCACCCGCAACAUGACGAGAUCCCGAGAUAGAUUAUUAUCCACGCGCUGAUGUUAAAAGAUCGAGACCCGCACCCGGCCUCUUCUUCUAGCGUUGGCCAAUCCGAGAUGCCGAUGAGCCGCCGAGGGCGAGAACUCGGAAGGUAGAUGGUAGACCGCAGCGGCAUUGUGUGAUGGAAACGCGUCCGCGUAGGAAGCGGAUUGGACUCAUGUGCGGGUCGUCUUUUCUGCUACCCCUGGACUGUAGUGUCCGUCACCUUUGAGACUCAUCUGUGUUGCCG